GGAGAGGAGGAAGGAGGAAGGAGCUGAGGAGGGAUGAGAGCGGCGACCAGGGCCCGGGGCCGAAGCAGCGCGAGGCUAGGGGACCAGGGGUGCUGAGACACCCCAACUGCCCCCACCCCCUUCCUGCCGCUGCCCCAUCCUUCCCUUACACCCUCCCAUUUUAGGAGAGGAUUUAUUCAAAUUUCAUUUAAAUCCCCAUCUCUUGAGGGUCGCGCGUUUGGAGGGGGGAGGGCGGGGGCGCGCGCAAGCUGGGGGGGGCGGGGCCGGAGCAGCUUCCUUCACCCCCCUCUGCGCGCCCUGUGUCUGUAGGUCAGGGGGCCGCAGUACAGGGGCGGACCCAGGGGAGGGGGGCAGGUUGCAGUGACCCCCCCCUCCCCGGGCACCGGCGGUGGGCGGGGUUUGAACCCCGGAAACGGUGGGGGGCCCCGGGUCUGUCCCUGGACCCCUAGGCAGUUGGAGCUGGGAAGGGGCCAGUUAAGGGUCGGGGGCUUUGGGGAGAGGUGGGGGUGGGGAGCUGGGACUCGUACCCGGGACUGAGAGGGGCCCGGGCAGAAGCUGAGCACCCUGCGCCCGAGGAGCCCCCGUUGGCCUGGGGGGGCUGAGGGCCUGAGCCCCCAGAGCAGGACCUCCCCCUGGAAGGGCCGCGCCGCAGCCCGUGGGAGGGCCUCGCCCCCGGCGCUCCCCAGCUCCACUCGCUGCUGUCCCGGCCUCCGCCGGAGGGAGGGGCCGAGCGCCCUCGGGGGGCCGUGGACCCCGGCGUUCUGAGCGUUCCGCGCCCCGCGCCGCCCGGCCCCCCCGCCGCCGAUGGCCGCCGACCCGCCGGGAGCUGCCGAGAAGGGAGAGAUGGCUCCCGGGACACGUGUGAGCCCUCGGCGUUGCUGACGCCCCCAAUGUCGUCCAGCAGCCGGGGGCCGGGGGCCGGAGCGCGCCGACGCCGAACCCGCUGCCGCCGCUGCCGGGCCUGUGUGCGAACUGAGUGCGGGGAUUGCCACUUCUGCCGAGACAUGAAGAAGUUUGGGGGGCCCGGGCGCAUGAAGCAGUCGUGCCUGCUCCGGCAGUGCACUGCGCCCGUGCUCCCACACACAGCCGUAUGCCUCCUGUGUGGGGAGGCAGGGAAGGAGGAUACAGUGGAGGGAGAGGAAGAGAGAUUUGGUUUGAGCCUCAUGGAGUGUACAAUUUGCAAUGAGAUCAUCCACCCCGGCUGCCUGAAGAUGGGAAAGGCUGAGGGUGUUAUCAAUUCCGAGAUUCCCAACUGCUGGGAGUGCCCCCGAUGUACCCAGGAAGGGCGGACAAGCAAGGAUGCAGGUGAGGGUGCAGGGCGCCGUAGGGCUGACAAUGGUGAAGAAGGCACUAACCUAGGGGGUGGAUGGAAGCUGACAGAGGAGCCACCACCGCCACCACCCCUGCCCAGAAGAAAGGGACCCUUACCUGCUGGCCCUCCCCCUGACGAUGUGCCUGGGCCCCCUAAACGGAAGGAGAGGGAGGCAGGGAAUGAGCCCCCCACCCCAAGGAAAAAGGUGAAAGGAGGCCGAGAGAGGCACUUGAAGAAGAAACCAAAGCCACCCAUGGCCUCUGCUGAGGGACCAGCAGUGCCGUCCCCAUCACCACAGAGGGAGAAACUGGAGCGAUUUAAGCGGAUGUGCCAGCUGCUGGAGCGGGUGCCUGAUACCUCCUCUUCCUCCUCGGACUCAGACUCAGAUUCAGACUCUUCUGGUACUUCGCUCAGCGAGGAUGAAGCUCCUGGGGAGGCCCGCAAUGGGCGGCGGCCAGCCCGUGGCAGCUCUGGCGAGAAGGAGAACCGUGGGGGGCGGCGGGCUAUACGCCCUGGCAGUGGGGGACCACUGCUCAGCUGGCCUCUGGGUCCUGCCCCCCCCCCACGGCCUCCACAGUUGGAGCGGCACGUGGUACGGCCUCCCCCUCGAAGCCCCGAGCCUGACACUCUGCCUUUGGCUGCCGGAUCCGACCACCCCCUGCCUCGGGCUGCCUGGCUUCGUGUCUUCCAGCACCUGGGACCCCGAGAGCUGUGUGUCUGCAUGCGAGUCUGCCGGACUUGGAGCCGCUGGUGCUAUGACAAGCGUCUGUGGCCUAGGAUGGACCUAAGCAGGAGGAAGUCACUGACCCCACCUAUGCUUAGUGGGGUUGUUCGCCGCCAGCCUCGUGCUCUGGACCUCAGCUGGACAGGUGUUUCCAAAAAGCAGCUCAUGUGGCUUCUGAACCGACUGCAAGGCCUGCAGGAGCUGGUGCUUUCUGGGUGCUCUUGGCUCUCCGUCUCUGCCCUGGGCUCAGCCCCACUGCCUGCACUGCGGCUCCUGGACCUCCGCUGGAUUGAAGAUGUCAAGGACUCCCAGCUUCGUGAGCUGCUGCUGCCUCCGCCAGACACUAAACCAGGGCAAACAGAGAGCCGCGGUCGUCUGCAGGGGGUGGCCGAACUUCGCCUGGCAGGCCUGGAGCUCACUGAUGCCUCUCUGAGGCUCCUACUGCGCCAUGCUCCCCAGCUCAGCGCCCUGGACUUGAGCCACUGCGCCCAUGUCGGGGACCCAAGUGUUCACCUCCUCACGGCUCCCACUUCCCCUCUCCGAGAGACACUGGUGCACCUCAAUCUUGCUGGAUGCCACCGCCUCACGGACCACUGCCUUCCAUUGUUCCGCCGCUGCCCUCGUCUUCGCCGCCUGGACCUGAGAUCCUGCCGCCAGCUCUCCCCCGAAGCUUGUGCCCGGUUGGCAGCCGCUGGGCCACCCGGCCCCUUCCGCUGCCCGGAAGAGAAGCUACUUCUCAAGGACAGCUAGUUGGGCGCCUGUGCUCCCUGCCCCCGGACUCACCCCCCGAGAGCGCCUGGACCUCCCCCCCCCUCCCCCCUUCAUUUCACACCCUGUUGGGAGGCCGGGUUAUUUUUCCUCGUGACUUGGCACUCUUAAGUUCCAUGCUGGGGAUCCCUGCCCGGGCCCUUGAGCCAGCCUCCUUCCCCUCUCUCCCACCUGCACUGAUCUCUCCGGGGUCUUUGCAUCCCGUCUCUUCCUCCCACCUGCUUCACAGUCCGUCUCCUUGGGGGAGUGGGUCAACAGGUCCUGGGGAGGUGCUGAGCCAAAGGGAUGGGGGAGGGCGCUGAAGGUGGAGUCUUAAGUUGGAAGAAUGAGGGGAUGGUGUCUUGCACACGGGAUACUGGGAGCCAGGGGCUGGGGAGGUGAAGAAUGGGGGGGCAGAAAGCAGACCAACAAGGGUUCAGGGAACAAAGACCAGUUGGGUGGGGUGGGGGGCCAAAGAGGGAGACCAGAGGAGCAAUUGGGGAUCCAGGUAUCAUCAGAUAGGGCUCUAGAAGCCGGGAAUGCCAGGACUGGGGGCUGGGCGAGGAGCUGUGGGGAUAGUACCCUCUCUGUGGGGUUACCCCUCUCCUGUGCCUCCACCCAUCCGGAUCUCACUUCUUCCCCGCACCCUGACUCCUGAACGUCACCGAAAACGGCAGCUAUUGGAAGGAGUAGGCCACGGGGCUCCCUGUCCAGCUCGUGGCCCCGGAGUGGUGAGGGGUAGCCCAGACCCCUGCCUGGCUCUCUACACAAUACUUGAACAUUCAUCUGUACUGAAGUGUUACUUGAACCGGGGAACCUCGGACCUGGGGAGUGUGACGUGAGGGACCGGCUACCAACCCUGGGCUAGUGGGCGCCCGGUUCGGACUGUCCCACCCCAGCUGUCUUGCUUCACUGUCUUGGACAGCUCCACCCCUCCGACCUGAGCGAGGGUGGGGUGUCCGCUUAAAGAUGGGCAAGAUGGGACUUCUCCAGUUUGGCUCUUCCCUUCCUUCCAUCGUCAUGGAAACUCGUGUCCCAUUUGCCCCGGGAACUGCCACUCCGGGUUGCCGUGGAAAUAGCAGCCAAUGGACACCUCUGGAAACCAUGCUAAGACCGGAACCGGUCCCUCUUAGCUGCUGAGGGAACUUAGUAACGGACUCUGGCGCCUCCCUCCCUCCCCCCACCCUUCGUCCAGUGGGGGGUGGGGUCCCGCGAGCCUGAGGGAGGAGUCGGGGCCAGGUCCCACUCGACUUAGGCCGGGGAACUGGAUUGUACCACGUGGGGUGGGGGGUCUAUCCACAUACCUCAGGUAACAGGAAGGUGCGCGGGUGGGGGCGGGGCUGGGUGGACCAAAGGCCGGAGGGAGGGGGGCUGGGGUUGGAGACAGGCUGGAUGACGGAUGGGGCAGCUUGAGGGAGGGGAGGAGGCACCCCGGCAAGGGGCAAGUGGGGACCCAGCCGGGCUGGGUGCCCCGAACCCCCAGGUCUGUACAAUACGGUUUGCUAUAAAACUCAGAAUCUUGUAGCCGGG